AUGAACUUUAAUUUCCCAGGAUGCCUUGGGGACACUCAGUUCAGCUUCAGGCUGCGUCAGUCGGUGGGUCGCAGAUCUUCACGGUUCAAAGACGACAUUUACAACCAAGAUGCUCCUGUCACGCUGCAGAGGGAAGCAUCCCAUUUCUUUGGUUACGUCUAUUUCAGACAAGUGAAGGAUGUUUCAGUGAAGAGAGGAUACUUCCAGAAGUCUCUCGUGCUCGUGUCCAGGUUACCGUACACUCACCUGUUCCACUCGCUGCUACAGAUCAUCGCACCUGAGUUUUUUGAGAAGCUGGAGCCGUGUCUUGAAGCAGUUUGUAACGAGAUUGACCAAUGGCCUUCGCCCAUACCUGGACUGACUCUCAAUCUGCCUGUGAUGGGCGUGGCCUUACAGGUGAGGAUUCCCUCAAAAACGGACAAACCAGGAGGAAGCCCAGUCAGACACAUGACGACAGAGAAUGUCCUGCCGGCUCCGACUCUGCUGCCAACCCUCCACGAAUUGGACCUUUUCAAGAGCUUCCAGUCGCUGCUGAUCCACCUGCAGAUGCUCUGGGAGCUCACCUUACUCGGAGAACCGGUGGUUGUCAUGGCGCCAUCUCCCAACGUCUCCUCAGAGACCGUGCUGGCUCUUGUCAGCUCCAUCAGUCCUCUGAAGUUCUGCUGCGACUUUCGACCUUAUUUCACGAUUCAUGACAGUGAAUUCAGAGAAUACACGACGAGGACGCAGGCGCCACCUAACGUUCUUCUCGGAGUAACAAACCCGUUCUUCAUCAAGACGUUUCAGUCGUGGCCUCACAUCAUCAGACUGGGAGACGUCAGGAUGACAGGUGAUUUACCGAAACAGGUGAAGGUGAAGAAAUUAUCUAAGUUAAAGAUACUCGACACAAAACCAGGGAUCUACACGUCAUACAAGACAUUUCUUCACAAAGACAAAAUUCUGAUUAAACGACUGUUAAAGGGGAUUCAGAGGAAGAGGCCGUCAGAGGUGCAGAGCGCCAUCUUGAGGAGACACCUGUUAGAACUCACUCAGAGCUUCAUCAUUCCUCUGGAGCGAUACAUGGCGAGCCUGAUGCCUCUGCAGAGAUCUGUGACACCCUGGAAGACGCCUCCUCUUAUUCGACCUUUCAGUCAGGACGAUUUUAUAUCGACUCUGGAUCACACCGGACCUCAGCUGACAUCGUUGCUCAAAGGUGAUUGGACAGGACUGUACAGGAAGUUUUUCAGGUCUCCGAACUUUGACGGCUGGUAUCGCCACCGCCACAAAGAGAUGAGUCAGAAACUGGAGAGUCUCCACCUGGAGGUCAUCUGUGACGCUGACCUGAUCGGUUGGACCAAAGACAAAUCUGAGGUCGAGAUCGUCGACCUGAUUCUGAAGCUCAGGGAGAAACUGGUGAGUGAAUCAGGGUCACUGCAAAACCACAUGAGACCACAUGAGAAUACAUAG